GCGUGCUCGCGGCUUGGCAAGCACGGGCCCUCGCCCCGCCUACAUAAGAGCGGAGGACAAUCCUUCUCUGCACCAUCACCAUGCUCUCCGCGCUCGUGUUUGCCGCCCUUGUGGCCGCGGCGCCCUCCCCGUCCCGGCCCAUCUCAUUACCUCUGAACGCGCCGCGUGCGCCUGUUGACGACCUUGCAGCCGCGCGGCAUGAGCACAAGCGCGCCCUUGCGAAGUACGGCUAUGGCGGGCGGGAGAAGCGCGAUAUCGACCUCAAGAGCUGGGGAUACGGCUACACCGUCUCCGUGCAAGUCGGGACGCCGCCCCAAACGUUCGACGUGAUGCCCGACACGGGCAGCUUCGACUUCUGGCUCAUCGGGACGUGCGACAACAGCACCGAGUGCGGCCUCUCGGACGUGUACCGCACGUCAGCCUCGUCCACGUUCCAAGCCACGAACAUGCCCUUUCAAGCGGGCCCGUACGCCGACGGCGGCGUGCAGCGCGGCGUGUGGGGAUACGACGUGGUCGCCGUUGGCGGGCAGGCGCUGAAUGCGUCCGUCGGCGUGUCGACGCAGACGCUGAAUUGGCGCCUGGCGAUGGACGGGAUCAUGGGCUUCGGGCCGGCGAUGACGAGCCCGGCCACGCCGCCGUGGUGGUUCGGCGCGGUCGGCGCAUGGACCGACAAGCAGUUCGGGAUGCAUCUCGGGCGCGUGCCGCCCAACUCGGCGGCGAAUGUCUCGGGCGUCGCGGGAUACGGCGACCUCACGCUCGGCGGCGUCAACUCGGCCCUCUUCGCAGGCGAGAUCACGUACUAUCCUCUCGUGCACGACUCCGCGUCGACGCACUGGGAGAUCCCGAUGCGCGCGGUCGUCGCGGGCGCGGCGGUGGGCGCCGCGAUCCCCGCCCUCAUAGACUCGGGCACGACGCUGAUCAUCGGGCCGGCCGCCUACGUCGAAGCGUUUUACGCCGCGCUGCCGACGCCCGUCCGCUCCCUCGGCUCGGGGCAGUACGUGUAUCGUGUGGCGCCGUUACGCGCCGCGCUCUCGUUCGGCGACGGCGCGGGCGACACGUACGCGCUCGACGAAGACGACCUGUGCCGCGUGCGCGGCAGCCGCGCGUGGUAUGCCGUCAACGGCGUCGAGCUGCCCGAAGACGGCGACUGGUGCCUCGGCGGCAUCACGGGGCAGGGCAGCCUCCAGAGCUCGGGCAACGUGGAUACGGGCGAAGAACCGAUGGCCGAGCUCGACCAUUGGAUUGUCGGAAAUGCGUUCUUGAAGAACGUGUAUGCCGCGUACCGCGCCGACCCGCCGGCCGUCGGCUUUGCCGCCCUCACGCCAGAAGCGAAUAGGAAAUACGAUGGCGGCGUGAAGCCACAGACGACGACGGCGCGCGCCCCCGCAGCGACCGUUACCGUGGUAGACAGUGGCGCGCGCGCUGCUGUGCCCUCCAUCGCGCUGCUCGUUGCGGCGCUUGUCCUGGCGUGGUAGAGAUGUCGUGCAUGACGUCGGACUUCCACGGUUAGACAUCACUAUAGACUCUGCCCAGUUAAUAUUUCCCAGCUUGCACCUAUACCCUUGGCACCGAUACGAUGUACAAUGUCCUCG